UCGCUCCUCAACCAGCAGCGUCUGUCGUUCCUUCUUCCACACCCACACUCCCUUGGGUUCGCUUUGCGCUUGUGCUGCUGUGCAGUCAGUUCAGUCAAUCCUUAUCUUCGAGAUCCUCCCAACUCCUCUGUCGAUCAGAGUCAGCCAGUCUUUUGUCUACAUAGACAUACAUCCAGGCAAAGCAACCCGUUUCUAGACUUCACCCUGCAGUCAAAAUAAAAAAAAAAGAAAACAAAACACAGCCAACUAUAUACCCCUUCGUGCAACCACGCAAUCAAAAACCAAACCUCAAAAUGGCCCCUAUCACCAAGUCUCUCGCCCUCGUUGGCGCUUUGCUCGCGGCUUUUGCCUCUGCCGUUCCCGUCGACAAGCGCGACCCCGUUGUGGAGAUUGAGACCGUCACCUCGGUCGUCUGGACCACCCUGGAUGUGACUACCACCGUCACCGUCGAGCCUGCUGCCACCAACGCCGUGAACAAGGUUGCCGACCACACCCAGGUGCACCACAGCUCCCCUCAAACUACCUCCACAACUGCUGCUGCGGAACAGCCCGCCUGGACCGCCACCGCCGUGCCCUCCUGGACUUGGACCCCCGAGGUCUCCACUCAGCAGUGGACCACCAGCGUCGUGACUUCGACCGCUGAGCAAUGGCAAGCCGCUACCACUUUCUCGACCUCCACCUCCACCUCUACUUCCACCACCGCUGCUGCUGCCGCUGCCACCACCUCCAUCUCCUCCAGCUCCUCUAGCUCCUCCAGCUCCAGCUCCAGCUCGUCCAGCUCUUCUGGAGUCUGCUCAUCGUCCUCCCCUUGCAGCGGAGAUAUUACCUACUACGAGGUCGGCCUAGGAUCCUGCGGUGAGACCAACACCGACAGCGAGCACGUCUUGGCCCUGUCCCACGAUAUCAUGCAGAAGAGCUACUGUGGCAAGACUGUGACCAUCAGCUACGGCGGCAAGACUGCUACCGGUACCAUCGUCGACACUUGCAUGGGCUGCGACGCGAACUCUAUUGAUCUGUCUUCCUCGCUCUUCCUGGAGUUGGCCGAAUUGGCUGCCGGUCGCGUCAGCGGUGUUGACUGGUACAUUGAAUAGAUGUUUGGGGAAAAGGAACGUGAUUUACGCAUAGAAUGACUACUUUGUAUGUCUUUCUUCUUUUUUUCUUUUCGUGUGGAUAGUUUUGUUAGUCAGCUGGGAGAACGAAACCAGUCCAUCGCGGCGCGGUGGCGGGAAUUGAUUUCAUUCUUUUACCAUCUUGCCUUACAGUAUUGUAGUGGUGAGGGAAUGGGGCGGGGCUCGACAGUAAGAUAUUACCUUGCAAUAGACCUGUAGACUUGCCCGAGGACGAGCACAAGCACCAGUCUACCUUAUGCUUUGGCC